GUAUCUGCCACGUGUAAAAUUGAUUUUGGUGGAAUCAAGCAUACAAAAUUUCAUGCAGCUGAAACAUCAGAUCCUGAUCUCAAUCACACGUGUUCGUCUAUUAGGAGUUUGGAGUUCUUCUAGAUGAUACUGCUCCUUGUGCUUCCUCUCUGAACUACAAGUCUAAAACAGUAGGAGAGAGUGUGAGAGUCACGAUUCACUACGCACCCUCCACGCGUACUUAAGCAACCACCGGGCCUUCAAUUAUUUCUUUUCCGUCAUGGCUUCCGAUAAAUGAUUCACUUUCUGAGGUUUGCACAAGUUGUACUACAAUUCUACAAAUUUGCUAUGAGGGAGCGUCAUUUGGAUAUGUACACAGCUUACAAACGUGCGUCAUCAAAGGACUAUGUUAGUGAUUACGACAGAGAAGAGGGCUCAGCACGUUUGCUGAAUGGAUUAGGAAAAGAAAUUGGGAACCCUUCCUGGAAACGUCCUCUGCCACAUGUACUUGUGGCAACUAUUGCUUCCCUCUUAUUUGGCUACCAUCUCGGAGUAGUUAACGAGACACUAGAAAGCAUGUCUUUAGAUCUUGGCUUUAGUGGAAGUACCAUGGCUGAAGGUCUUGUGGUGAGUACAUGUCUAGCGGGUGCUUUUGUUGGAUCUUUAUUCAGUGGUUGGAUUGCUGAUGGGGUGGGGCGCCGCAGAGCAUUCCAGCUGUGUGCUUUACCAAUGAUAAUUGGAUCUGCAAUGAGCGCAUCAACAAAAGAUCUGUGGGGCAUGCUACUGGGAAGACUGUUUGUUGGAACUGGGAUGGGUAUUGGGCCAGCAGUUGUCGCUCUCUAUGUGGCAGAGGUUUCACCAACUUAUGUAAGAGGUGCUUUUGGGAGUUGCACUCAAAUCGCUACAUGUAUAGGACUUUUGGGGGCUCUAUUUAUUGGUAUCCCAGCCAAGGAUACUGCUGGUUGGUGGCGUACUUGUUUCUGGGUAUCUGCCAUUCCUGCAGCAGUACUUGCUCUUUUCAUGGAGUUCUCUGCUGAGAGUCCUCAUUGGCUUUUCAAGAGGGGAAGAAGUGCUGAAGCUGAAGCCGCGUUUGAAAAGCUUUUAGGAGGAUCACAUGUCAAAUUUGCAAUGGCAGAAUUGUCGAAGUCGGGCCCUGGAGAUGAGUUGGAUUCUGUAAAGUUAUCAGAGUUACUCUAUGGCCGCCAUUCUAGGGUGCUUUUCAUUGGGUCUACCCUUUUUGCUUUACAACAGUUAUCGGGCAUAAAUGCGGUGUUUUAUUUCUCAUCAUCUGUCUUCAAAAGUGCGGGUGUUCCUUCAGACUCUGCAAACAUAUGUGUAGGAGUUGCAAAUUUAUUCGGAUCAAUUGUUGCAAUGCUUUUGAUGGACAAAUUGGGAAGAAAGCUUCUUCUUCUUGGGAGUUUCUCAGGAAUGGCAGUGGCUAUGAGCCUUCAAGCAAUGGCUGCAACUUCCUUCACAUCUAGGUCUGGAGCACUAUAUCUAUCUGUUGGGGGCAUGCUCCUGUGUGUCUUGACAUUUUCUCUUGGUGCUGGACCAGUACCUGGUCUCCUUUUAUCAGAAAUAUUUCCAAAUCGAAUAAGGGCAAAGGCAAUGGCACUAUGUAUGGCCGUGCAUUGGGUAGUGAAUUUCUUUGUUGGUUUGUUCUUCCUGCGUUUGCUGGAGCAACUUGGGCCACUACUCCUUUAUGCAAUCUUUAGCUCCUUUUGUUUGUUAGCAGUGAUUUUCGUGAAGAAAAAUGUACUGGAAACAAAAGGAAAAUCACUCCAAGAAAUUGAGAUUGCACUUCUUCCCCAAGAAUAGAGGUUUAUAGAUUUAGCUGGGGGAAUAAAUUUACGGAGGUGGCAGAAUUGAAGGUUGACAUAUCAAUUGCAUCUCUAGUGCCUGCAUUUUGGAACCAUUUGAGAGACAUGGUUCGGCAACGGCACACUCACACCACAGAUAGAGCAUUUUAGAAGAUAAUCACCACUUGCCUGCCAUGGAAGGAGUCUUUAUUCAAUUGAUCCUUUACUUCUCGCCUUGAAUAUUCUCUGAGCGCAUAGCUGUAUUAUUUUGAGAUUGUUGAUGCAGAGGCAGUAUGGUAUAGGUGAUAGGCCCAAGUGUGUAGUGUAAGUUUUAGUGCAUUUUUUUGGAUUGGCGGGGUAAUGUUACUAAAGAUAAGUUUGGUUACAACUCAAGAUCAUUGAAUUGAGGUCAUGCUUGAUAAGGUGGAGAUUAUCAUGGCUUUGGCUGAAUGGUGCUUUGUGUAGUUGGGGUGUUUGCGUCUGUGUAGGGUCAUGGCCAUAUUUACACACAAAAAAUGAGAACUGAGGUUCUGCUUGGCGCUGAAUCUACAAAAUUACCUUGGUUGUGGCCCUUGUAGGUUGAGCCGUGCA